AUGUCGGCAAGUCCAUUCAAUAGAAAUAAUUCUUCGUCGAUGUUUUUAAAUCUUUCAACAAAUAGUCCAGCAACUAAUUUUUAUAAUUCUCAAUUUUAUUCCAAUGCAUUACGAAAUCAUUUUUUAUCUCCAUUUCUGCUACAACCAUUAAUUCCAACAAAACCCAAUUCUCUGUGUUUAUCAAUUCAAAAUGAAUCAUCGUCUCCAAUACAUUUAUCAUCUUCACCAUCAACAACAAAAAAUAACUCAAUUGAUGAACAAGAUCAAGGAUCAAAUUUAAGUGAAGAUGAAAGUAGUACGGAUCGAGAUAGUAAGCGCAGACGAACACGAACAAAUUUCACAAGUGUCCAAAUUGAUGAGUUAGAAAGAGCUUUUCAAGAUGGUCAUUAUCCAGAUGUUUACAUGAGAGAAGCAUUGGCAAUGAGACUUGAUUUAAUUGAGUCAAGAGUUCAAGUUUGGUUUCAAAAUCGACGAGCUAAAUGGAGAAAAAUGGAAAAUACAAAGAAAGGUCCAGGUCGUCCUCCACAUAAUGCUCAUCCUACAACAUGCUCAGGUGAUCCAAUAUCAGAAGAAGAAUUAGCUAAAAAACGUUUAGAAGCCGAAGAAAAAAAACGUAGAAAACAAAGUGAAAGACAACGUAGACAAGAAGCCAAAAAAUCUUCGAAUCCAAAUUCAUCUUCUGAUUUAACUCAAACAAAUUCAAAAAUUUCAACAAGUGAUUGUAAUUCAUCUUCAUCAUCAUCAUCUUCAUCGUCAUCGAUAUCUCCAGCUACAAAUAAAUGCUCAUAUUCUAUUGAAAGAAUUUUAUAUCAAUCAUUAUCGUCAAAUGGAAGUUUAAAAAGAAAAUCGAAUCAUUCAACAAAUUCUUCUUCAGUUAAAUCCAAUCGAACAACAACACCACCACUACCAGUACCACUAUCACUGCCGCUAUUACUACCACCACCACCUCCACCACCACUAGCAGCAACAACAAUAAUAACGCCACCAACUACUACAAUAAUAAAUAUUGAUGAUGGAAAAGUUCCACAAUUAUAA